GUCACGUUCCUAUUCACCGCCUGCCUGAGUCUGCAAGCUGAAGCGCAACUUCGGGAUGCCCUGGGCGUGGGGCCCUUUCCAGAUCGCGCCGUGGCCAAUUACUCCCCGACUUUUGACUAAACCCUGGAGCACCGCAGCGCUGCUAUUCACAGCACUGUCACGCGCCCUCGUGCGCCUUGCGGUGAAGGAACCCACGCCUGCACUGUAGCAUAAAAGGCCGUCCCUUUUGUCCGCCUCUUUUGCAAGAACCCGUCGCUGUCAAGAAGCCUUUGCUUUCGUGCUUCUUAACUUCCAUCACUAGUUUCGCUUACCUUCUACGCGUACAAUUUACGUCACAGCCCCAGUCGCGGAAGUUUGCCGCCUACAACUGCACCGUACCUGUCCUGCGCUACAUCCGCAACACCACACAUGGCACUCGCGGUCCCCGGCAACGGCCUUCUGCGGCCGCCGCGCCCGGCGAUGCGGCGGCAGCACACUCGCCACGCCUUCCAGGCCCAGUCUUCCAUUAAUCAAAUGAAGAGGAACCAGGAGGAGGAGCACGGCAUCGGCCUUCAGUCGCUCUACAUUGGCAUUGCCGUCCAGGAAGGCCCCCACGGUUCCCUGGAUGUGGGCUUCGCCUCCCACGACGGCACCUACUCUAUUGACUUUGCAGUCACCACCCUGACGCUCAAGAACUCCGGCUAUGAAUCCGAGUCAGAGCUUAGCGGCUCGGGGAGAUCCACGCCGUCGGGUUUCUACGGCAUGUCGGGCACGUCCACGCCUGUGUCCCUGGAAGAACGCCCAGCUUUCCUCGCCGACUUCCUGAUCGACAAACUCAAGGAGUACCAGAAGGAGCACUUGUACAAGUUCCUCGGCGCCGGCCUCAACGAGAAGGCCGUUAGGUACAGCCCGCGCCUUCCGUCCCGACUGUGGCAAGAGCUGGACAUCGUGCCCUUGGUCCUCCGAAAUGAGCCGGAGCCGGACAUGUUCCGCGCGCACCGAAAUGGUCACUACAACAUACUGGUCGACGAGGAGGCCGAUUCGAUGGCGAGGAAGGCUCUUAUGUACUUUGGUCCAACCAGCCAACCACGCCUGGCCGUCGGCUACCGGAACAUGGUGGAAGUCGACUGUGGCGGUCGCGCACAGAUCUGCAGCGCAGAUGACUACCCAGACACCGUCAGCGAACGUACCUGGCAGGCGACUAUGAAGUUCGUCCAAUCGCUAAAGAAGGACAAGGUCCAGAUCGCCUUCUUCAACAGCACACCACAGGGUGGCGGUGUGGCCUUAAUGCGACAUGCUCUAAUUCGAUUCUUGCGUACCAUGGGAGUAGACGCUACCUGGUACGUUCCGAAGCCGAAGCCUGAGGUAUUCCGCAUCACAAAGAACAACCACAACAUCCUUCAGGGUGUCGCAGAUCCGAAGCUUCGCCUGUCCGAAAAGCACAUCAAGAUCCUCGACGAGUGGUCCAAGCAGAACGCCGAACGUUUCUGGAUCCCCGAAGGUGGUCCUCUAGCUCCCGUGAGCAAAGGCGGCGCAGAUGUAGUCAUCGUCGACGACCCUCAGAUGCCCAGCCUCGUCAAGCUGGCUAAAGAGCAGGAUCCCAGUCGCCCAGUCAUCUUCCGCAGCCACAUCCAGGUGCGCGCUGAUCUCGCUGACCAAGAAGGCACCCCAACGUCGGAGGUGUGGAACUGGGUCUGGCAAAAUGUGAAGAAGGCCGACGUCUUCAUCAGCCAUCCCGUUCGCGAUUUCGUACCCAGCUGUGUCGAGUUCAAGAGAGUGGGCUAUAUGCCAGCGACCACGGACUGGCUCGAUGGCCUGAACAAGCAGCUCAGCGACUGGGACUCACAGUUCUACAUCCAUGAGUUCGAAGCUGAGUGCUUUAAGCUGCGCAUGAAGCAGCUCAAGUACCCUGUCCGGCAGUACAUUGUCCAGAUUGCCCGCUUCGACCCCGCAAAGGGCAUUCCAGACGUCCUCGCCUCGUACGCUGAACUCCGUCGCACGUACAUGAAAGAUACACCAAUCGAAGAGGUUCCUCAGCUUGUCGUCGCCGGCCAUGGUGCCAUCGACGAUCCAGACGCCACCCAUAUCUACGAUCAAACGCUCGACCUACUGUCAACAAAGUACAGCGACAUCGCCGAUGACGUCGUCGUCAUGCGUCUCGGUCCCAUCGACCAGCUCCUCAACGCCCUCAUGUCCACGGCCCACGUCGCCCUCCAACUCUCCACCCGCGAAGGCUUCGAAGUCAAAGUCUCCGAAGCUUUGCACAAGGGCGUCCCCAUCAUCGCCACAAAAGCCGGCGGCAUCCCCCUGCAGGUCCAACACGGCAAGUCUGGCUUCCUCGUCGAACCCGGCGACUAUAAAGCCGUCGCGCGCCACCUCAACACGCUCUUCACGGACCACGAAUUCUACGAUAAGAUGAGCCACUAUGCCGAAGACCAUGUGAGCGACGAGGUGGGCACUAUCGGUAAUGCCUUGGCGUGGCUGUAUCUUGCAGAUACGCUGCGCAAGGGCGUGAAGCUCGAGCCGAACAGUAGGUGGAUUAAUGAUAUGGCGAGGGAGACGGCCGGGUAUCCGUACGUGGAAGGCGAGACGAAAUUGCCGCGGGAAGAGGACCUGGAUCUAAACAGUCCGGUUGCAAGCUCGUCGCAUCAGAAGUUCUUCCCUGAGCCGGAGACGGCGCAGGUGCAAGCAUGAGGGGUUAGAGGUGGAGUCCCGGUAGAUGGGAGGUGGAAGGUCCCCUGCAAAGGUGGACGUCAAUGGGUGGGUGUGACUGCGAUGUGCGAUUAGAUGUGAUUUUCUUCAAUGGGGUUUAGAGCGAGUUCCUCUCACUUUUGAACCGAUCCUGUCAUCUUUUGCGAUAAAAGGGUUCUUGGGGUUCUUGGGGGUUUCGGUCCGGCAUCUUAUGAACGUUUAUAAAAGAGGCAUCGUAGAUUUAGUAUUGGCAUCUUCGGUAUUGGGUAUCCAAACGUUACUUUGCUACUGACGCACCCCCAAACUCCUCAGCACCGACUACAUAUAACGCCCUGACCUCACCCAGCACAGCCUUCGCCUCCCGUACACUCCUCUCUGCCGCCGUACACCUCGCCCGUAAAGUCCCCGCAAACUCUGCAUACCUCGCCGCCUCAGUCCCGUCAUUC